UAAUUUAGAACCAAAAAAGAAAGUGGGCUUAAAAGCAAAUACCCGAAUGGAGUAAAUUUGAGCUAGAAAUUUCGUGUUUCCCAAAUAUGAUGGUAGUUCUGCAAAUCUAAAACCCUGGUUCAGGGCUCACAGAUUAAAAACCUUGCUCACCAAUGGCUGCACGCUACGGAUCUCUAUCCAGGUCGCUUCUCUCCGCAGCAAGAACGUCUACUCUACGGUCUUCUCAAUCCAUUUCCGGCCUCCGGUCACAAGCGCAUUUCGGCCAGCGCAUUCCAUCUCGCGGCCUGCUUUCAGGCAUUCUUCCCAGGACUAGUGGAAUACUGGGGUGUACGCAAUCGCUACUUCCGCUGCACAGCGCGCUGGCGGCCACUCGAUUGACUUCGCACAUGGAAGUUGAGGCGCGCUCUUGCUGCGAAUUGUAUCACGGUACCUUUUUCUGUCGCAAUUGCCCUGAUCGGUAGUGUUUAGCAAUUUUUGGAAUUUCCAUGCUUGAGCUUUAUUAUGUUGUGCCUGCAUGUAUGUUUGUUUUCUGCAUCAAUUUUUACUGGGGAACUCUUAUAUCAUCAGUGUGGAUAAAAUUCAAAUUGUGGUUGCUGAUGACUACAUAGAUUUGUUUUAGUGUUCAUGUUGGGACAUACACUUUGUUGUUUCUUGGUUAUGUCAACUUCUCUAGCAUCAAAUCCCCAUUUUCCCAUUCAGAGAUUUAACCACAUUUAGUGAUAUGAAAUUCUUUGUUGACAGGUACUUGAAAUAUAUGUUAGAAGUUAGAACAUGUUAGCAAGAAUAUGCCGCAGUAAUGAAGCAGUCAAAAUGGGAAGAUAAAACUUCGUUUUAUCCUUGGUUUAGUGAAAAAAAUUAUAGUUUUGGGGGUUUUAUCAUAUGGUUGUUGCAAGUUGGGAUUCAUCCCCUAGUAUUUUUUAAUUAUAUUCUCCCGGAUACAAAUUACUGUUGUAAUAAAAUACUACUCCAAACUACAGUAGCUCCUUGGAUCAUCUUUGUUGCAUUUGAUCCGUGGACGGUGAACAGUGGACUUGGUCAUAUAUCUUUUAUUCAAAUUGCCAUUAGAAAUACGGUCUUACCAGUUACCAUUCACUUGAGAGAACAAGUAUACAAAUACCAUUCCCCAAUCUUGUGUGUAAACACUGGAAAAGAGCAUAGCUUUGAAUCUUUCAAUCGAACCUUUAUUACUGGGUUUCC